CACACUAAAACGCACGGCUUGGACGCGGCCAUUUAAUUUUCGUUUGGCAUUCUAAAUAUAGCGAAAUUAGUCUUAAAUUACUGUUGUUAUAUUUGUAAAGAAUAAGUGAGCGGCUUCAAGAUGUCGAAGCCGAAACCCAGGCAGGAUACCACAAUCGAGGAGAUGGAGGAACUUAUGAACCAGCCUGAUGCAGAUGAAGGGCAAUUCGCGGCCUACUUGCAGCGCAAGCUGGCGGAGAAACAGCAGCCCAUGAACAACGAUCGCCUCUUCGGCAACGUCUCAUUCGACUUUGACUUUGAUGUGAAUCUGGUCAAGAAGCCAAAGCCACAGCCACAGCCAGCAGUCUCAAGUGGGGAUAAUCCAGAUGUUGUCGCCCCUCAAGAGUCAGAAGCGCCUCCUCCUGUCGCAGAAAAUAAUCAACCGACUUCGUUACCGGCUGCUCCAAAGUCUCCCAAUUUGUCGCUUAAUCGCAGGAGCAUCAGAAAUGUUCCAGGCUCAGACAAGCUGCGGCGUCGAGCUAUUCGGCGGCGGUCACAAAGCUGCGGACGCCAAUUGAUUAAGGAAUUCGAAGACAUAAAUGUGACUCGAAACUCCUCCAGUCCCAAAACCUUUGAGCCCACAGUUAGCAGCACUCCAUGUGCAGGUCAACCGCCGAAGAAUAUUAAGGAUAAAGAACCUGAGGAGAAUCCUCAGAUCAAGAAAUCAGAAAUGCCAGAAGCGGAAAAGACAGCAGAGAAGUCACAGGUCCACACAGAGCCGAAGAAGUGCCUCACAGCAUCGGAGUCCCUGACCGUUGACACGGCUGCCGAGGCCUCACUAAUGUUGCGGGAGCGGCUAAGUUCCUUUCAGAAAAACAUUAUGCAAUUGGAUUAUACCGGAAAGGCGCCGGCAUCGGAUGCUGUGGGUUGUACAUAUACCAUCGAGAAGGGUCCAGCUCCCGGGCAGCUGCUGCUCUCACCUUCGCGGCGCAGUCUCAGCUGUACAGCCACUCAAAAGCGAUUGAUGCCGAUCGUGAAGGUAAGGCGGGAAAAGGAACUUCUAAUACCAGACACCCCACCGCGGGCUCAUCCUAGGGGAUCCGAACCGGAGCCGGAGUAUGUUGUGCCGGAAACACAGCUCCAGGAUCUGGGCGAGCUGGUGCAGAAUUUGUCUCGAAAUGCCAGCGGUCCAAUUGUGGUGAUAAACACUGCCAACUCAAAACCCACUACUGAGGUGGCGCAUGUCCAGCCUGUGUCUGUGCUAGCGUCAGCCCCAGCGUUAACUCCUCUUCGUCGCACAUCGACCAUGGUACCUUCUGCUGCAAAUAAUAACUCAUCGCCAGCGACAGUACCUACGUCCCCAGCUAAGCCCGAGGAGUCUCCUAAAUCAAGUCGGAAGAGCUUGCUGGUCCCAAGCAAUGUGGACGCCAUAAUGACUGACGACGAGAGCGAUGAGCAGCCUAGCACGGUGGCUAUGGAUCUGGCACAGCGCGGAAGUGACAGAAGACAGCAGCGAUGCCUACGGAAUCAGAAAAACGGGGAACCUACACCGGAUCCGGAUAAGGAGAAUGUUGUUCAAUUGCUGAACCUCCAUCAAUCGAUCAAUGUCAAGAAGUCAAAACGGAGGACCAGACCGGCGAAGGUGCCGUUAAACAAGGCGCCUUGCGCCCCGAUUAAUGGUGAGCAAUUCGCCCAGGAGCUGGCCCGCAUGACCAACUACGAAAUUUUGGAUUUACGCAAGCGAAACUCACUGGGAAAGGUGUAUCUAGUAAACGGGCACAGAAAGAGCAGCAAUGAUCUGGAGAGAAGCAUUCAACUCGAGCUGAAGCGAAGGAAUUUGGAGAUCAAGGGAGAUAGAUUGACCGGUGCGGCCGAGUUGCCAGAGAGCGAGGAAAUGUUGCCCUCACUUGACACGAAGACCAACAGAAGUAAGAGGCAGCGAUCCCCCGCAAAAAAUACAAGUCCUCGACAGUUGGAAGAAUCAGAUGACGAUGCAGUGUUACCGCCACCGCCUCCACUACUUUUUACGGACACAAAAAAAAGCACAGUGCCAUCACCUAGUUCAAGACGCCAGCUUUCCGAAAUGUGCCAGGAAUGGUUAGAUGACUGCGAAUCGAUGCCCCCGCCGGUUCCGCGUAACUUCGAGGACUCAAGAAUGCGGCCACAGCGAUCUAAGCGCUCCAAUUAUUCUCGAAUUCCAUCCGAUGAAUCGUCAGAUGACAAUAUAGCACCGCAAGUUCCGUGUAAUUUUCAGGAUUCAACAAAUCAGACACAGCCCGCUUUGCCCGCCAAUCGCCAAAGCCGACGUAUGUCCGAAAAGUUGAAAGAUGAAACUAGCUGCAUUCCUCCGCCGGUUCCCAAUGCUUUUAAGGACUCAAGAAAGCGGCCACAGCGAUCUAAGCGCUCCAAUUAUUCUCGAAUUCCAUCCGAUGAAUCGUCAGAUGACAAUAUAGCACCGCCAGUUCCGCGUAAUUUUCAGGAUUCAAAAAAUCAGACAGAGCACGCUUUGCCCGCCAAUCGACAAAGCCGACAUAUGACCAGGAAAUCGGAAGAUGAACCUCCUCCUCCGCCGGCUCCCAAUGGUUUCAAGGAUAGAAGAUCAUCUCGAUCCAACCAUCGAAGUUCCCAUGAAUCACAGGAACUAAGUAACUAUAUGAUGAUCUCAAAAACAAUGGAAAUGCGGCGUAUGUCGAGACGUUCUGUCAAGCGCAAACUCUACACAAAGGGAGACUCAAAUGCUGAAUUGUCUGACUUGGAAUCUCCUAAAAAACAAAAAAGAUAUAGUCGCAGUUAUUAUCACAGUGAAGUUCAUAGCGAAGGGGAUAACAUUGCCAUUGUUCCACCGCCGCCACAUUCUCUGCGUUACUCUCAAUCCCUACGCGAUUUGAGGCCGAAUAAUCCAAGUGAUUCGGAGAAUGUCGAAAAAGGGGCGCCGCUAGAAGAUUUCUAUGCCAAUACAGCAAAUGCCACCAUUGAGAUUGCUCCACCGCCGCCAGAGAAUAUUGGACCAAAUUCGGAGAACCCUUCACUUAGACACGAGAACAAUGAGCAGGACAUUUGUCCCCCUCCAACGGAGCCCGAUAAAAUUAUGGAAGAAGCUAUUCCACCUCCAACUGAAUAUAAUGAACCUGAAUCCAAUGAAACAGCACCAGCACAAGCUCCAAGUCAUGUGCCAGUGAAUGAAAGUAGAUUGGCAUCUCCCACAACAAGCAUUGCUAAGGCUUCCAAAGCAUCACAAGAGCCAGAGAUUCAGUGUGUUUCUAGUUCCCAGGAUAAGUCGAUUUCAGGACCAGAGAUCGUGACCGACAAUGAGCAACCCAGCACAAGUCUAGCGGCACAAAAGGCCAGGGAACGUUCGAAAAAGGAGAAAACCAAAAAAGAUAAGGUGAACGACGAUGCAAUUUUCAAAAAACCCCUGUUACCAGCACCACGUGCUAAACGUAAGAACAAGGAGCUUGAAAAGUUGAUGCAUUCCGUCAUCUAUAGAGAGACCUCGCUGGAUGAUGGUUCAAUUUCUUCUGAUGGCGUGCGGCGUUCAAAACGCGGUCAUGUGCCAAUCAAAAACACUUGGUGUCAUACGCAGGAUAUCAUGGAGAUGCCUUUUAUGAAUACCAAAUCAAUAAUACAGAAGCCAAAGGCCAAGUCGGUUGCAAAGAAGAAGCCAACUGCUGCAAAGGAGAUAAAUAGCAAACCACAGUCGUCGAACAGGGGUCCAGUUUGCAGCAGUACUCCUCGAAAUCCCGAUAUUAUAGUAGAGCCAUUCUCAGACUCUGCGUUACUAUUACAUUCUGCAAUAUCAUCGAAGGAGCCCGAGCCCUCUGCCGAAAAGCAUCCUGAGACUCAACCGAAUUUUGAGACUGUUAUGUCAGAAGGUCAGACGAACUGCAAUAACGGAAACAGUCAGUUUAGAAACUGGCUGAUGGGCACCAGCAAUGUCCAACCUUCUGUCACGAAUGACCAAGGCAGCGCUGCAUCUCUUGCUGAAGAAUUGAGAUUCACCGAAUUGGGUGGCAUAGACUAUGCCUUUUAUGAUACAAAGGAAACGGCUGCUUUGGGAUACAUGCGCUUUAAGCCGCAUCAGGUUCGGAACAAAAAGAAGGUCAAGGAAUCUCGUCUGAAAUUCAUUGUGCAGAUUGGGGAGUUUGCCGUGCAGUACGGAGCCAUUGACAAUGAGGAGGAGGAGGAAAGCUGUAUAUUACGUGAAGGUGAUAUGAUUGAGAUCGAUAUAGGCUUUCGAUAUUCCAUACAAAAUACUUUGGACGCUGUAGGUGUUCUCUUGGCCAUUCGCAGUUAGUUUUGAUUUUUGUUAAUAUUUUAUAAAUAUAAUUAAAUAAUCAAAGAGGAGAGGAGGAGAACAUUUGUAUAUUACGGAAAGGUUUAAUGGAUGAGACCAUUGAAGGUUUCCUCUUAGUCAUACGCAGCUGGAUGCCGAAUAAUCUUAAUUUCUGUUAACAUUGGAAUAAUUUAUAUGACUAAUAAUAUAUGUAUGAGUUUUGUUAGUAUAAAAUACGAAAUGUUGAUAUUUUACGUCUUUAUAUUUCACCGAAUACACAAAGUUUAAAACAUUAA